AGGCGGGGAACUUCACCACACUGGAGCCCGGAGUCCCACUCUCUCACCUGCGCAGUUCGGAGCUGCCAUGGGUCUCUCGUCUGGAUUUACAGUCCUAAUUCUUUUACCGGCCUUUAUGCUGCACACCAGCGGCCUUUACAUCGCCAGUAGCGUUGACUCCCUGCAGCACGUGCUGGGGGAGUAUGGACUGGUGAGGCCUGUAAGUGUGGAUGCAGAAGGCCGCUUCCUGUCUCAUGCCGUGUCAGCGGAGCACCUGGCAGGAGGGCAGCCCCGUAGGCGCUUGAGGAGGGAGGUACGAGCAGGCAAUGAUGAGUGGGAAGGACCAGACUCGGAGGAAGACCAGGAGUCCACCGCACACCGGGAAAAGCUUUACUACAAUGUCACCGUCUUCGGCCGGGAGUUCCACCUGCGCCUGCGUCACAACGCCAGGCUGGUGGCCCCCGGAGCCAAGAUGGAGUGGCACGAUGACAGCGACAGCAUUCGGCACAUAGAGGCUCUGCAUGACCAGUGCCUGUACGUGGGGGACAUCACGGACACGCCCGGCGCCACUGUGGCCAUCAGCAACUGUGAUGGACUGGCUGGGAUGAUCCGGACGGAGGAGGAGGAGUUUUACAUCGAGCCUUUGGAGAGGGGGGUGGAGGUGGUGCAGGAGGAGGCCGGGGGGCACGGGAGGACGCACAUCGUGUACCGGUCAUCAGCAGUGAAGAAGAAACCUGUGAGUCGGGAGGCAGAAGACCACCACUACAGAGGUGCAGACCUGGGGGGCCUGAUGGAUCUGGAGACCCUGUACCGUGGAGUGGAGCAGAGCAUUAACCACACACGGGCUGGACGCUCCCGCAGACACGCCCUGGACCGGGCCUACAACAUCGAGGUGCUGCUGGGGGUCGACGACUCUGUGGUCCAGUUUCACGGAAAAGAGCAUGUUCAGAAAUACCUUCUCACACUCAUGAACAUAGUGAACGAGAUCUACCACGACCAGUCCCUGGGAGCCAAAAUCAACGUGGUACUGGUGCGGAUUAUCAUGUUGGGCAAUGGCAAGUCGACGAGUUUGAUUGAACUGGGAAACCCUUCUCAGAGCCUGGAGAAUGUGUGCCGGUGGGCUUUUCUCCAGCAGAAGCAGGACACGGGCGAUGCGGAGUACCACGAUCACGCCAUAUUUCUAACGCGGCAGGAGUUUGGUCCCACUGGCAUGCAAGGUUACGCCCCAGUCACUGGCAUGUGCCAUCCUGUGCGAAGCUGUACUUUGAACCACGAGGACGGCUUCUCCUCUGCCUUUGUGGUGGCUCAUGAGACUGGACAUGUACUCGGGAUGGAGCAUGAUGGCCAGGGGAACCGUUGUGGGGACGAGGUGCACAUGGGCAGCAUCAUGGCGCCUCUGGUGCAGGCUGCCUUCCACCGCUUCCACUGGUCCAGAUGUAGCAUGCAGGAGCUGGGGCGAUACCUACAUUCCUAUGACUGUCUUCGUGACGACCCCUUUGACCAUAAUUGGCCAUCUCUGCCUCAACUUCCUGGUCUGUACUACUCCAUGAAUGAACAGUGCCGCUUCGACUUCGGUGCGGGGUACACGACAUGCACCGCGUAUCGCAGCUUUGACCCAUGUAAGCAGCUGUGGUGCAGCCACCCAGACAAUCCCUUCUUCUGCAAGACUAAGAAAGGACCACCCAUCGAUGGCACCACGUGUGGAGAUGGCAAGCACUGUUUUAAAGGUCAAUGCAUGUGGUUGACCCCCGACAUCAUGAAACAAGAUGGAAACUGGGGCUCGUGGAGCGAGUUUGGACAAUGCUCCCGGACCUGUGGAGGAGGAGUACAGUUCCGCACACGCGACUGUGACAAUCCCAGACCAGCCAACCAAGGGCGCCCAUGUGUGGGCGCCACGUACCAGUUCCAGAUGUGCAACAGGGAGGAGUGCAAGGACAUCUACAGCGACCCGCGAGAGGAGCAGUGCCACGCCUGGGACCCGCGCUUUGAUCUCAAUAGCAACAUACACCACUUGCUGCCUUAUGAACACCCAGACCCUAAGAAACGCUGCCACUUACAUUGCCAAUCGAAGGAGACUCGUGAUGUGCUCUUCAUGCAGAGAAUGGUGCUGGAUGGGACGCGCUGCUCCUACAAAGACCCACACAGUGUGUGCGUGCGAGGGGAGUGUCAGAGAGUGGGCUGUGAUGGUGUGGUGGGCUCGUCAAAGCAGGAUGACAAGUGUGGAGUCUGUGGAGGAGACAACUCCAGCUGCAAAACGUUUAAAGACACCAUCACCCGCAUCACCAAGAAACAGGGUUUCCUUAAAGUCCUUGAGGUCCCGCGAGGAGCACGGCACUUGUUGAUUCAGGAGCUUGAAGCAGCUCCCCACACUUUAGCUGUGAAAAAUGUGGCAUCAGGAGAGAUCUUUAUUAAUGGGGAGACUGAUAAUUCAAAAACCCGCUCACUCAUAGAAAAGGGGGUGGAGUGGGAGUAUGAGAAUGACAAUGGUAAAGAAACUCUUCAGUCCACUGGCCCUCUCACACACGGAGUCCUCAUUAUGGUGAAGGUGCAGGGUGAUGAGGAUGUGAACCUCACAUACAAAUACAUGAUGAACAUGGACAGCAACAGUGCCAUUCAGAACAACAUGCUAGUGGAGGAUAGUGCGUAUGAGUGGGCACCCAAGAAAUGGUCUCUCUGCUCCAAGCCCUGUGGCGGAGGAAAAAAGUAUCAACGAUAUGGAUGCAGACGGAUAGUUGACAGUAAAAUGGUCCAUAAAAGCUUCUGUAACAAGUCCAAUAGGAAACCUAUUGGAGACGUUCGUGACUGCAACCCCAAGCCCUGUCCUCCGCCAAUUUGGGUGACAGGAGAGUGGAAGAAUUGCAGUAAACCGUGUGGAAAGACAGGUUUGCAGUUACGCUCCGUCACUUGUGUCCAGCCGUCAGAAGACAACACCACCCGCACCAUCCACAAUAAGCACUGUAACGAUGACCGCCCAGAGUCCCGCCAGCCCUGCAACCGCCAUCCCUGUCCCGCCCAGUGGAGAAUGGGGUCUUGGACACAGUGCUCAGUGACCUGUGGCAAUGGGACCCAGCAGAGGCAGGCUCUUUGUCACACAAGGGACAACACCAUCGGCCUGUGUCUGGACAGUAAACCGGACACCAUAAGGAUCUGUCGCAUGGAGCCGUGUCCCAAGGGCACCUCAGACCUCAACAAGAAUGGCAACAUGCUGAUCCAGUUUCUGCCCAGACCCAACCCUUACCCAAAGAGCUCUUCACGCCAGCGUUGUCAUGGAGACCGGUCUGCGUUCUGUCGAAUAGAGGCCUUGAAACGAUACUGCGCCCUAGCGGACUACAGACGCCUCUGCUGCAAAACAUGUAGCGAUGAAAGCAACAUACACUUCAACACUACAAAUACCAUGCCCAGGUCCACCCCAAGAUUUACGACUAUUAGACCCUCAUCUUCCAAAACUUCUACAUCUUUUUCUCCAACAACCAUGUCUCCUACAACUUUGUCUCCUACACACAUGCCUCCUACAACCUUAUCUCCUAGAUCCACCGCACCUAUAACCUUGUCGUCUACAACCUUGUUUCCCACAACCUCAACACCUAGAUAUCCGUCGCCUAGAUACUCGUCUCCUAGAUCCCUGUCUCCUAGGCUCUCAACCCCUAGACCAACAACAUCUAAAUUUACAUCUCCAAAACCCACCAUUUUGACUAGAUUUACUACAUCAGCUGCUGUGAUAACCAUCUUUCCUUCUAUCACACAGUACACCCAGCCACCAACUACAACCAGUGCAGUGUCCACAACUUAUUCAAUCUCUAUAGACUUAACAACAUCUGCCCCCAAGUCUACAACUCAAGCCCAGUCUCCACCUACCACUGAACAGGAAUCAAAUACAAAUGAUUUGACAACGUUAUCAAUGAUUAGUACAACAAUACGACCAGAAAUUACUACCUCAGUGGUGAUAGCAGAAAAUGUGACUAAUGCUACUAAGGUGAAAGUAAAACCUAAAAAGACACAGCCACCAAAGAAGAAAAUACCACCACCAAAAUUUGAUAAAAAGAUUGCAAACCCUAAAAAUACAACCAAAAAAGAAGUAAUACCCAAAACAAAAAUUAUUAAGAAAAAGCCAGAAAAGGUUAUUCCCCAAAAAUCUCCACCAAAGAAGACAGCUUCAAAACCCAGUCCAAAGAAAAACACUAAGAAGUCGACAACACUCAAAAAGACCAUUUUAGCGAGCACUGUAUCAUCUAUUCCUUCUAUAGCUACCAGUUCAACACCAGAGACAAUUGCAACAACAAAAACACCCAAAAAACCUAAGCCUGUUUCACCAAAUGCCAAAAAGAAAGAUCAACUAAAAAUGAAAGUUUCAAAGGAUACUCAGACAAGUCCGGAAAUCAAAAAUAGCCCAAAAAACACAACUAAAACAGAAACUAAGAAGUUUACUGUGAUCAAAGCUGAAUAUCCAGGGAAGAAAUCCAACUCAAAACCAAAAGUAAACAAAUUCACAGUUGUAAAAACAAAUCCUCCAAAGAAGUCUCCAAAAUCAACUACAACCACUACUAUUCUUACUACCAUUGCUACUACUACUAUUGCUUCAUCUCCUUACACAAGCCCAAAUUUGUACUUAACUUCAAAAAGCAUUUAUCCAACUACAACUAGCUUUCCUGAAUUAACAGUCAAUGUCACAAAUAGGAAUAAUGACAUGAUGACAACACAAGAACCUCUACUUUGGUACUACGAUGAUACUGCAAACUCUACUUCAAGCCCAAAAGAGGACGGAGUGAUGCCCAGUGGUACAAUGCCCUACAUCGACGGGACCUUGACCAGCAGUGGAGACAUGUUAGUGACUGGUGGGACAUUGGUGAGUGGUGAUUACAUUACAGGGGGCGUGGCUACUGGGGAUUACAUCACAGGAGGCGUGGCUACAGACGCAACAGUACUAGAUGACGGACUAACCAUGGUAAUACCCACCAUUACUAAUGAGGAUGUGAACGAGUUUACGUCUUCUCCAUGGCAGGACUUGUCUGAAUACAUACCAGUAGAUGUUCCCGAUACAACCUCUUAUCCCUCCACUGUUCCUCUGACCACUAACUCUCCAGGAAUUAAGUCAAAUACAAUAGUAAUGACUCCGGCCUAUACUGAAAGUGAAAAUAGCAUUAUUGAUAUGUCUGAUAAUCGUGGCAUCCUGGCGGACAAUGACAUAUCCCAAGACAACCUUAUUUCCAAACACAGAAUCAACCUACGUGAGCGGACCAAGAACAAGCGGAUUCAGGAGCUACUUGAGGAAAAGAGGAACUUUCUCCUUCGUAUGAAGCGAGGACAUGAUAAACGAUAGGACUGCUGUAUUUAGAUGGACAGAUAUUGUCAUGUUUAGGCCGGGGGCUGUGGGUAAAUCCACUAAAGCAUUAUCUCUAUACUGCUGUGGUCACAUUGGCAUUCUGUGGCUUUGAAAGAGGAAUAUUUUUAUUAACAAACAAUAAAACAUAAAAGUAAAUGACCUUAUAAAAACAGGGAAAAAGGGUACUGAGUGACCACAAGCAUGUGGGUGCAGUCCCACUUUUAACCCCCAGUGAAACUUCCAGAAGAGAAGUUUCAGUCAGUUUUCAUUUCCUCAUUCAAUAUGUCUGAGGGGAAAUGCAGCUUCAAAGGAUGACUUCCAAACGUGGCUACUCUGACCAAAAACAGUAUUUUUCAAAGUGGUUGCUUAAUGCAUAGGUUCAUAUAUGUAUAGAUUUAUUUUUUAAAAUGUUUAUGGUAUGUGUACAUUUCUUUUCAAUGAAAGAAAAGUAAAAGAAAAUUUAUAAAAAGUAUAGUGUAGGUUUUCCAGCACUUUAAAGCUAAGCCUCGCACAACUCCCAGCCUGAUCCAGAAUCAGUGAAAAUGCACAAUAUUGUCCCCUUGAGCACUUAUAGAUAACAAAGCUUAUUCUCACUCUGCAGAGGCUGUAUAGAACACAACACACCCACAAAGCUUAAACUAACAUGGCGCAAUAACAUCGUUGGUUUACACUUCAUUGUCUCGCUGCUUGGACCUCUCAGGUACUACAACUAAAUGAGGUGCUCACUUUGAGGUGCUCACAACAAACCUGGAAAAAUAUAUCUGUCGUGUCUGUGCUUCAAAGGGCUUAUUGAAAACCAAUGCUUAUAUAUAUAUAUAUAUAUAUAUAUAUAUAUAUAUAU